AAAAAAUCCACACGUAGAUGCUAUCUGAAAAAUCACGUAACCCCGAUUUUCCCCUCGCAAGGCUCGUUUUACGUGACACACGUAAAAAUAAUGUGAAAGUGUACUGGCAAAAAAAUGUUUUCACGUUGAUGUUACGUGAAAAGCCUUAUGAUAUUUUUCCACUAGGGUUUUCCAUGUAGUUUUUAUGUGUUUUGAAAUGUAACUUUAACGGAACUCGAGUGCGCCAUUCGGUGAAGUUUCUACGUGAUUAUUUUAGUAUGAAAAUUCAUGGCGUACGGUGAAGACCUGCUGCCGGACUAUGCUUGUUAAAUUUAGUUGAAAAAGAAAGAGACGAAGCUGAUUUCUGAUAGCAGCAACUUUAGUUUUUCGGCGGCCACUGGCACCAAAACUGGUCAUCACCAGCAAUCUCCAGUAAGCAAAGUUCGUGAGCCCAGGAAAUCCGAUCCAGGUUGCUACGCCGGGACUUACCCAAGGUCUUGGCCAUCAGCAGCAGAAUUAUGAAGAGCGGCCGAUUAACCAUUGCCUGGUACCGCAACCGGCCAUCUCCAACAACCCCCGGUUGGCUGAGGUCAUGGGCACGGAAUAUCUCGACAAUGCUCGGUUAUAAGAGUGACGGCCGAGUAGAAGUAGUAGUAAACAUGGUGCACAAAGCACUGGCCAUCGGUGGCGAUUCUGCGCGUGGCAAACGGACUGGACUACUCGGAGAUCCUUGGGGAGGUGAUCGCGACCAUUUGGUCAAGCACAUUGUCGAGGCAGCGCCGACCUGGUGGAAAGGUCUCAUCCGUGUUUCCAGCAAAUGGCAUUUUUUACGAUUUACUUACUAAUGGUGAGAUCUUUCCAAAUAUUGAUUAAAUAAAACAAGUUUAUGCAAAUUUAA